AUGAACUUGCAAGUCUUUGACGAUGGUCCCUCUUGUUUUCGACUAAAAAUAGUCAUGUCAAUGCUUUCUAAUCGGCCGAUUCGUAUACGGAAUAUUAGAAAUAAAAGCAAAAGCCCUGGAGUUACCGAUUAUGAAGUCAAUUUUCUUAAGUUAAUCAAUUUGUUGAGCAACGGAACCGUCGUAAAUAUAAAUGACACAGGAUGUGAGGUUAAUUUUUCGCCGGGGUCCCUCAUUGGUGGGGAACACACUUUCGACUGCUCAACUGAACGUGGUCUUGGUUAUUUCCUGGAACCUCUUCUUCUCCUCUCACCCUUUUCGAAAACCAGCCUGUACUUAAAGCUUACAGGCGUUACAAACAAUUCAAUUGACCCUUCAGUCGAUAUUAUUUUACAGACUUGGUUGCCACUGCUGAAGAAAUUUCUACCACCGGCCUCGGCAUGUGCUCUGAAAUUAGAAAUAAAGAAGAGAGGCAUAGCUCCGAAAGGUGGCGGUUUGGUUGUCUUAUCGUCUAAGCCAGCGCAACAGAUUUCUCCCGUCCAGAUUAUUUCCCCUGGGAAAGUUUACAGAGUUCGCGGGGUCGCAUGGACAUGCCGCGUUAGUCCAGCUAUCGCCUCCCAGCUCAUGCAUGGUGCAAAGGAUUUGUUAAAUUCAUUUUUGAGCGAUGUAUAUAUUAACUUGGAUCAGCGAAAGCGGGAUGUCGCUGGGGAAUGUUCUGGUUUCGGAAUCGUUCUAUGGGCCGAAACUAAAGAAGGCACUUUUUACUCAGCUGAGACUACCAGCGAUCCUGAAGGCUCUAAUCAAUCCCAGCCAAUCAUACCUGCUGAGCUCGGCAACAAGGCAGCUUCAAAACUUCUGGAUCAGAUUUACCUCGGUGGAUGUGCGGACCAAUCCUUGCAGGCUGCAGCCCUGACGAUGAUGGCCUUGGAGGGCGGUCACAAUGCCAGCCAGCUUCUUAUCUCAGCGCCUACACCAUACACGGUCUCCAGUCUCCGUCUAAUUCGCCAGUGUCUUGGUGUCACUUUCGACCUUGCAUACAAGGAACUGGAGGAAUCAGCUCAAGACGACAGUUUAGAGACGGCUCCGCCUCCCCUAAUUGCUACCUGCUUCGGUUCCGGCUUGAAAAACGUCAACCUCUCGAUUCUAUGA